AUGUCCAGCUUAUCAAUCAACAGAUUAUCUCCCUUCAGCACUGGAAGGAGCACCUUCUGCGCUAUCAUUUCUCAGCUGACCGAGGAGACCCAGCCGCUGUUUGAAACCACUAUCAAGUCUCGUUCUGUGUCUGAGAACACGGAUGCUAAAUUCACGUGCAUAGUGACAGGUUUCCCACAACCAGAAGUGACUUGGUAUAAGGAUGAUGAGGAGAUGGACCGGUACUGUGGUUUACCAAAAUAUGAGAUUCUCCGUCAUGGAAACCGCCAUACUCUGCAGCUAUACAAGUGCAGAGAGGAAGAUGCGGCCAUUUAUCAGGCCUCAGCUAGAAAUAACAAAGGCAUCGUGUCCUGUUCUGGUGUCCUGGAAGUGGGAACCAUGACAGAGUUUAAAAUCCAUCAGAAGUGGUUUGCUAAGCUCAAGAGAAAAGCAGAAGCAAAACUGCGUGAGAUUGAGCAAGGGAAAAAACGAGGGAAAGAGAAUAUGGAAGUGGAGAGGUUAAGUAGAGUCAGCCCAGAAAGAUUCCCCCGAAAGCGGCGGCUGACAGGGGAUAUGAACCCCAGGUCAGGUGCCUCGCUCUGGGAGAAGGACGACAUGGCAAAGGUGCAUGUUGUGAAUCCUAAAUCAAGAUUACAUGAAGAAGCUACUGAGUUGAAGGAACCACCUCUAAAUGCAGUGGCUGGGUUUUCAAACAACCUGAUCACAAAGCCUCUGAAAGCAGAGGUGACCACCAAUGGGGACUCCUCUCUGGAAAGUGCAGAAGAGAAUGGGAAUGGCUUUCUCACAUACAUCUAUGAAACGGUGGAGGAAAUGACUGCCAAGCCCAUCGCUAAAGAGUCCUCUGCAAAAAAGAAAAAGAAAGACAAUGAGCCUCCCAAUCUGCUGCCAUCUAAACAGGAAGCUUCAAGGCGAGAAGAGGGUGUGAGAGGCAAGGGAAAACCCUCCCAGAACCCAAGAUUUGCCCCGUUCACCACCUCGCCCAGGAGACCUCAGGCAGUCACAGCAAGUGAUCUCAGGGUUGAAGAUGUGCCAAAAGCCAAGGAACCAGGGAAGCCUGUGAGCCAGGAGGCCAAACCUGGCAAGCAUCAGCCUUGCCCCCCACCUCCCCAGGGUGACGUAUAUUUUUCUUUGAAAGAGAUGUUUCUUGAGAGCAGAGUGAAACCCAUAAUGGAAGAGAGGGAGCCAGGAGCCCCAGAAGUUGAGAAUGAGGCUGAUCUGCAGCCUCCAGCCAUGGACAUUGACAGUCAAAGGAAGACUUCAUCAUCUGCAACCAAGGAGUUACUGGCAAGGCCUGUGCCAGCUAAGGAGCAAAACAGCCAACCUGCAGAGCAGAAACCAGAGGGGAAGGAAGCCAUGGAUACAGAGGUAGCUACAAUGCAUAGUAAACCAUCCAGGUAUCCCACUGGGCAAAUAUCUGAGCCCCCUAGCUGGACCAUGGAGCCAGCUGGUGAAAACAUCCGAGCGACAGACCCCCUGGACUCUGUUCAACCUUCCACAGAGCAGCCCCUACAGCCAGUUACCCUAUCUGUGAAUCGGAUGGCUCCAGGUCUAGAUUUGCCCCUGUGUGGCCAGGAGACCAGGGGUAGCUUGCAUCAGAUCUCCUUGGAGGAACAGCUGGUCCCUGGAGUGCCUGCUGAGGCCCCAGAGAUGGCAGAGCCAGUGUUAUCACCUGCCAGCAACUACCUGAAGCAUCCAUCAUCAGAACCAGCAGAAGAUACUAAUCAGCAAGAGAGCUGCUUAAAAGAGGUCACUGGCAUGGACACAGAGCAACCUGAAGAGCAGGAAGGCCCCAGGCCAGACCUGCAAGAACCAGGGAUGCUGACACUGAGCCAGGAAGGCAUUCAGCAAGCACCUGAGGAUUCCCAGAAGGCUCCAGCUGGCUCUCCAGGCCUCCCACAGCCUGUCUGGGAAGAACAUCUACCUUGGAAAGAGGAGGAGACAGGACCUCCCCUGACUUUCACAGGCCAAGAGACCCAACAGAGACCUUUUCCAAAUUGUGAGACUAAGGACAUGGGUUCAGUCGAGCCACUGUUAAAGGAAGCAAGGCCUCCUGAAGACAAAAUCAUCCUUGAGCAAGAUGUCCAUGAAACUGAAGUAGAAGGUGGGAGGAUAGAUCAGCCAUUACCUGCAGAAGCAGAGACACCUGGAGAAUGGUUAGGGGACAGCAUUCUCCAUGCAGAGACUGAGGGCAGACAGGAGGAGCCCAGCUCCCAUGAGACUGACCAGAAAGUACCGACAGUGGCAGAAGAGACAUCCUUGGAGACUGAAGUGGCAGCUCCUGUUUCCCCCCAGGUCUGUGAGGAAGAGCAGCUGCCUGCGUCCCCAGCAGAGAUAUCUGUGCCUGAGGAAGCACCUGGCUUAGCUUUCCCUUCUCCAGUCAAAGAGCCCCCAAGCAAUGGGACCCCGUGUGUGGUCCACCUGCUGCGGGAUAUGAAGAAAGAGAUGGAGAAUAAGACAACAGAUGAAUCUGCACUGCACUUGGCAGCCAUUCCUCAGCAAGGUAACUUUCCCAUCAGUGCUGCUGAGGAGGGCAAAGACAAACCAGUGUCUGUAUUAGUAGCACCCCAACAACACGAGGCAGGCGAGCAGAGAGCUGUGACUCCAAGAAAGAAGCAGGCUGUUGUAGCUGUGAGAGGUGAGAUGUCCUCUUCAGAUGUAGGAGUUGAGGUCCAUCCAGUAUUAAGAAAGCCACUGGCUCCUCAGGCUGUACCUGGCUUCGAGGGGCACCAGGAGGAAAUAUCUAUGGAGCAGAAAGUACAGCACAAGAAUCUGGUGUCCUCCUUAAAGAACUAUCUCCUUCUGCUUUUGAAGAUGUCAGAUAAAGGCAAGGACAGUGCAAAGGCCGGAGCUGAGCCAGAGGAGAGUGAGGCAGGGGAGGUCCCGCCUGCCACUGAGGAGGAGGCCCUGCCAGAGGUGGGCAUUGCAGGGCUCAGCCCCAGAACAUCCAGGAAGAUCUUUGAAAAGGUACAAACCAACCAACUGUUCCAGACAGCAGAAAGCUUGCCUCUCACCCCCAGGACCUCCCGAAAGAUCACAGGGAUGAUUAACCAGGAGUUAAUCACUAGCCAGGAGACUCUGGCAGUCAAGCCUGUUGCACCACUGAGACGGCGUGGCCGAGUGACUUCUGAGUCUGAAGGGCUGAGUCUGUUGACAGUGCCCUCCAUUGUGGUGGGUAGUGUGCCCGCAGAGAGUGCUGGUCAGACAGAGAAUGAGCCUCCCACCCUGAAUCUGGAGAGCAGCGGGAGGGAGAACCCCGCUGACUCUGUGGCAGUGCUGCCGUGUGCCACGCCGGAGGAGCUUGCAUCUGGGGCACGGCGCAAAAUAUACCUAUCCAAAGCCAAACAGGCAGAGGAAGCAGAGGGGGCAGCCCCUGAGGGCCCAGUGUACCUGAAGAGAGAGAGCCCCACUGUGUCCCCACGGCAAUCCAGGAAGAACACGGCCCUGCUGCAAGCCCCUGUUCCAACCCCAUCUCCUCCUGUCGAACGGCGCUCCCCAACCCUCACCAGAAAGAUGGCCACAUUGGAAGUUCCCAAGCUGUAUGAGGAGCAUGUGGAGGAGAGAAAUGAUAACCACGAACCCCCUGGUGACAGUAAGCCAGAAGUACAGGCAGAGGAGACUAGGAAAACAAAUGAUCCCUUUAAAGCCCCCCAGGUGAUACGGAAGAUCAGGCCAGAGCAGUUCUCUGAUGCAUCAGGAAACCUGAAGCUGUGGUGUCAGUUCUUCAAUAUUUUGAGUGAAUCCAAGCUGAUGUGGUACAAGGAUGAGGUGCCUAUCGCUGAAGCCAGGAGGAGCGCUGGCGAUGAGGGGCAAGUAGCCUUAGCCAUUGUGCAGGCGUCCCGAAAGGACUGUGGUGUCUACCAGUGCGUCAUCCAGAAUGAGUAUGGCACUGACUCCACUGACUUCCUGCUCAGUGCAGAAGUGCUGUCGGGACUUAUCUCAAGAGAAGAAAUUGAAGUUGGUGAAGAGAUCGAAAUGACCCCCAUGGUGUUCGCCAAAGGCCUGGCUGAAUCAGGUUACUGGGGGGACAAGUUCUUUGGGCGCAUCAUGUGUGAGGACAUGGAGGUGGGUGACGGCUUCCAGCGCAAGGCGUGCCGUGUCCGGGCCAUCUAUGGCCUGGAGCCAAUCUUCGAGUCCGGCAGGACCUGCCUCAUCAAAGUGCACAACCUCAUCAUCUUCGGGACCAAGAAUGAGAAUACGCUUGUUGAGAAGAACUAUGACAUCACCAUUCAGGAAUGCAAAAUCCAGAACUCCAGCCGGGAAUACUGCAAGAUCUUCGCUGCUGAGGCACGGGCCAUCUUGGACUUUGGGGCAGUGCCUGAGAUAAUCCCGCUGUACCUGAUUUAUCGACCUGCCAACAAUAUUCCCUACGCCACCAUGGAGGAGGACCUGGAGGGGCCCUUUGAGCGGUACUGUGUCAGGGAGCGGGACGGCAGCCUGGCCAUGAGGAGCACAUCAGAGAUUGCACAGAAAUGCUGCUGCUUCCAGCACUGGCUCUACCAAUGGACAAACGGCAACAUCCUGGUGACAGACAUGGAAGGUGUAGGGUGGAAGAUCACCAACGUGAGGAUAGCCACAAAGCUGAAAGGGUACCAGGGGCUGAAAGAGAGCUGCUUCCCCACCCUGCUGGAGCAGUUUGCUGCUACCCACCAGUGUAACCACUACUGUGAGAUCCUGGGCCUGAAGACCCUGGAGACUGUGCAGCAGCCAGGAAAGUCCAAGGGCUCCAAGAGCCCAUCGAUGGGCAGGAAGGCUUCCUCAACCCAGUCCAGCCCCCAGCUGCAGAAGAAGGGCCUGGCGAGCCCCCAGGGCACCCGCAAGGGUAUGGUCAGCCCUAAAAGCUCCUGGAAAUCCACUGAGUCAGGGGAGGCCCAGCUAGCCAUGAAGUCCAGAACUGGGGAGAGCAGCAGGUCCAGCCGGCUGCAGUAGGCAGAGCCUGCCCGGCGGGAUCGCAGAGCCCACGGGCCGGGGGAGGCAGCCUGCUGCUGUGCACACUUGGGAAAAGGGACCCCUACAGCAGCGGCCAGCGCAUCUCCUCCCACCAGCCCCCCGCCGUUUGCAUCCUGUGUGUGGUGUGCUAAUGAAGCAGCAACCGGGCCAAGGACACUCUAGAGCAACCUGGGAAGUAGCCUUGUGGGCCAGAGCUGGCUUGCUGCAUGACUGGGCCUGCGGAGGGGGCAGGGGGAGGGGUCUUGUUAUCUCACACGCUGCUGAUUUAUACCUCUGUAAAGGGAAAGCCAAGCUGGGGCAGCCGAGCCUGCGAGGCAGGGGUGUGGGGACAGCCCACUGCCUGCUACUGACCCCGCGGGUUCAUCUUCCAAAGCCCCUGUCUGGGCCGUGCCGGCUUUGCGUUCCCUGCCUCAGCUCCGACACUGAACCUGGUGCUCUCUGGGCUGCUGCAAAUGCCCCUGCUGCUCCCCCUUCCCCUCCCAUCAGGGCUGUUUGGUGCUGGGUGGAUCCAGCUGCCCAGGAGGGCAGGCAGACAGACUGGCAAUGGGUGCGGCCUCUCCCUGCCUGCAUCCCUCCCUCCUGGGCAGUGAGCCAGCACGGACGUGGGCUCCUAGUCAGUGGUAUCUCAGGUUGUUCCCCUUGGCUCCAGCUUUUCUCUACUUGGGUUCGUGGUAGCCUCGCACCCCAGCUUGGAUGGUUCCUGCCCUGUGUACAAGCCCCUACUACAUUGUGACCCAUGCCAGCACAGACAGGUUGCACCACCGCUGCAUGUCUAACCUGCUGUGCCCUGCAGGGAAGCCCUGAAUACUCACAUGGAGCCAAACAAGGGCAUUUGGAGUGGCAGUCGUCGUGGUGCCCCGUGAAAUGCAGCCAUGAAAAGCUCCCAGUCCACCAACAUGCUUUGCUGGUGCUGUUGCCUAGGGAAUGUGUGUGCGUCAGCUCGUGCGCCUGUCACCAUGGUAGCUAGGUACCAGCCGUACCAAGACAGAGAGGCAGCUGCUUGCCGCAGCAGGCAACAGGGAGUUCAAGCCCCCAGGAAAAAAGUGUCAAGUCUCUUCCUCCUCCAAGUGGAGAUGGCCCUCCUGCUGAAAUCCUCAGCUUCCCCUUGCUGUCAAACCCAGGUCCCCUCCUGAACAUAGUGACCCCAGGCUGCCCGGUCCCCCACAGGGCCACUCGCUCUGAAUGCUGCCAGCAGAGGGGAUGAGCAGCCCAGACCCUGCUUGCUAGGAUCAGUGCUUGCCAGCUGCAACUUCCCCUUGUGACAAAGUCCCCUGCUGCUGGCAAGCCCCAGGUUGUACUUGCCCCCUCCAGAGCCAGCCCCCCAGGGGUAUUUUAGGGCAGCAGAGAGGCAACUGGGAGCUGUUACCUGUUGGUGGAAGCUAGCGAGGCCUCAGGGCUGCUCUGCCUCAUGCGGAGGCCAGGUCAGUAGCCAGGCUCAGGAGGAAGGGGGAGAAAGUCACUGCCCUGUGUGCCAGGGCUGCUGUGAAGAGCCAGGCAUCAUGCCUCAUCAGUUAGCUAUCUGAGAAGGCAGCAGCCUCACUGCUGACCUCACUAGGAGCCAGGGAGGGCAUGAGUCUUUUUUCCUGCACCCUUGCCCUGAGACGCACAGGCAGGCCCUGCCUUGCCUACCUCCCACCCUCUGCCCUGGGGGGAAACAACAUGAAAAUAUGAGCCAUGGGCUUCUUCUUUGGAUCUUUGUGACAGACACUGGGGCAGGUGAUCUGCUUUGCUUGCUUGCAUGGUCAGUUGUGCAGGCCCUGACUGGGUUGAGGGCAUCUCCCUGAUGCAGGAAACCAGUGAAAAGAGGAUGCUGCAAAA